AUGGUUGUAGAUUUCCAAUUUUCAACGUUUGAUUCUAGGAGAUGGGGUUAUAUUCGUGGUCGAUCUAUACUCUAUAGUUUGUUGCAGUCGCGUGAGUUGACCGGUGACUAUGGUGUCGAUGCCAUUCAGAUUGUCAGUGGUCACGUUGCCGUUCGAUACCAACAGUCUCGCUCACUGGUGCUGUUCGACGCUGUCGUUGCCGCCAAGCAGAUGUCAGAGAUGCAAAACUCCAACACCGAAUCGAUACUCAACUCCAAGACACUGUUACCGCCAGCACCCACCAAUCAUCACGCUGAGCAAUUCCCUCUGUUGGCAUGUUCAUUCUCUUCACCUAUAGUAAAGUUUUACUUUGAGAAAUCUGCUACCAAUAUAAUACCAUCGUCAACAUCGUCAACAUCAGCAUCAACAGGAAAGACAAAAGUAAUUGAAAAUAGUCCAUUAAGAUUGUUUGUAUUCGAAGAGGAUGCGCUACUACAUGUGUUUGAGUGGUCGGCUUCGGAGUACAGAUGGAGCUACAUUGUAAAGUUGUAUCUGCCAUCGAUUUCACUGACGGAACCCAGUGGAACACCGCAACUUCCACACACUGGACACGGCCAGCUUGUACAUGCAUCGAUAUUCUCUACGAAUCAAGGUAUUCAGGUGAUUUGGAUGAUGGCGAAUUCAUCAUCACUUCAAAUGCGACAGUUUAACUUUGACAAUAAUAAGACGGCGGCACAACCGGUUGCGGGUGCCAACACUGCCAAGAAAGAGAAUAACAACGUAAUUAUCAAGCAGUAUGCUCGUGGACUUGAAGAGAUACUAUGUAACAACCUAAAGGUUACACCAACAGAGAACUACGAUAUAAAGAAAGAAUGGUUUGAAACUAUAAAUAACAACAACAACACACGUAUUCUAACGAGUAAACUUGGAAUAUGGUUUAUCACUAAAUCAUUUAUACUACUCUAUUCAAUACGUAGUCGUGUUUGGUUCAUUUCCUAUUAUAAAGAUAAAGCACCAUCACAUGUUAAAUCAUCAACAACAACAACAACACAAUUUAAUAGUAAUAGUAACAGUCAAUCACAUUGUGAUUUACAUGAUUUAGAUAGUAAUAAUAAUGAUAUUGUUAAUAACGAUAAUAAUGAAGUUAAAGAUAAUCAAAAACAACAACAACAACAACAACAACAACAACAACAACAACAACAAACAAAUAGUUAUAGUAGGAAUCAAAUUAUUGUUGAUGUACUAGAUGUUUGUAUACAUCCUCAAACACAACAGUUGAUCGUUCUAGAGAGAUCCGGUAGAGUGUUUACAUGUGAUACCGGCGAUCGUGAGACACUUAGAUUGACGCUGUUGGCUGUGUUGGAUCCAUGGAAAUCGAUAGACGAUCCUACAAAGACAAUCAGGUUGACUCUACAUCAGAAUGCACUCGUAGUAAUCAACGGAACCAAUACCAACUUUUACGAUUUCAAGUGUGGCAAGUUGCUUACCACCCUACAAGCACCGGUUGAUCUCCAACAAGUGAAAACCGGUGGUAUCUGGGAGCAAACACCCAUUGGAAUAGUCUGGGGAACCGGUAUAUGGGCACGUCAAGAAGGUCUCUGGGAGAUCAAGGCUGGACCACCACUUCAUCUAAUUGAAAAUCACCUAGUAAAACAUAAAAUAGUACAAAAUCAACAACAACAUCGACAACAAAGUGGUAAACUUAAUAGUAAUGGUAAUAAGAAUCAAAGUAUUGGAUGUGCACCAACUACUUGUAGACAGUGGGAUAUGAAACGACUUGAAGCAAAGUAUCUACUGGAUAUGGCACUGGCCGAGCAGGAUGAAGAGAUGAAAAUACAGAUUUGUCGUGCACUGCUACCGAAGCUUGAGAAUCCGUCGUUGGUCAUUGUGUUGCUAUCGUCGAUGCAGUCAGAGUCUAGCUCGAAAUUCAUUCAAGAGGAACUUGCCAACUUCCUCGAUGCUUAUAACUACCAACCUGACAGCCAUAACAGUAACAACAGCAGCAACAUAAAUAACUCAUCUGUGGAAUCGGAGGAAGAUAACCAAGCUAAACAACGUCAAUCACUCUACCUACAUACACCACUCAACCGUAUAAUGGUACCAUUGUUAACGGAUUAUCAUAAUCUACAGAGAUCUAUCAAAGAGGAACAACAACAACAACAAGCUAUACAAAUAGUUGAAAAUGAUGCUUCUUCUUCCUCUUCAUCUUCAAAUAAUGGACAGAUUCCAUUUAUUGGUGAGGAUGACCAUUCUCUGCAAUCGAUUGACGAUUCCAAGUUGUUGGAAUUCUCAAAUGAAUUCUUGGAGUUGUUCAAGCGCAAGAAUCCAUUGCUUCUUCUAAACAAAUUCGAAAGACUGUUGGGACUGGAUCGUAUCGAUUUCGAAAAGUAUUCGGAUCUCAACGGUGAGAUGAUUCCUUUCCCUGCGAUAAACGAACUGCUGCUCCAACAAGAAGAGAUGUUAAAGAAGAAGAGUGUCAACAAAAAUAGUAGUAGCAGCAGCAGUAGUAAUAGUAGCAAUCUUCAUCAUCACCAUAAUCAUAAUAUUCUUUCAAAUGGUCAUCUGCAUUAUGAUGAUUCCAAUAUGUCUUUAUCACCAACAUCACCACCAACAACAGGUAAUAGCAGUAUUCUAAAUCACAGUAAUAAUAUGAUGGUAUAUCCUGUUUAUCCGUUGUACGAGACACUGUGUCAACUUUACUACAAAGAGAAACCGGAACGAUUAAUUCCAUUCAUUCGUAUCGUUUAUAAUGCUGCCACCACCAGAAUGUUGGAACAACAGGCCAAUACAACAUUCACAUCGUCGGCAUCGACCGCCAUGGAAGUCACCAAGUUCAUCCCUCAGAACGACCACUUUACACGUGCACUCAUCUCACUACCAACACUUAUCCCCACCGACGAUGCCAAGAUCGAUGCCAAAUUCAAGUUGCUCUGUGCCAUCGGUCAUAAAUCCAACGCACUUCGCUGGCUACUCACAGCCGGUAAAUGGGAUAAAGCCAUUCAAAUGGUAAAGAACAGUACUUAUAAUGAUAAAGAACAUUUUGUAUUAUUUGAAAUAUUAUUCUGUCAUUGUAUAGAAAAGAAAGAUAGUGUUAAACUUAAACAAUGUUGGUCAGUCAUUCCCAAGAACUACUCGGUAUUCAAUUUAUUCUCGAUAUUGAAACCAAAUCAAUCGACCAGUGGUACCUCUGGUGAUAAAUCAUCGAGUGCAAGUAACAGUGGAUUCUACAGUGAAGGUAGCUCCAGUAUCGGUAGUCUACUCAACAAAGAGAGUAGCAGUCACACCAAGAUCGUAUCUGUCAACCCCUCUGAAGAUCUUACCAUCGAUAUGUUUAGAGCACAACUCUUAAAAUUAUUAAAUUAA